AGCGAACCGUUUCCGCUUUCCUUUCCUCGGUGUUGAUGCCGAGCUGCUGUCGGCAGUUUGCAGGGGAAAAUGGCUGGACUGGAGGUGCUGUACACCUGUGUCGCAGAUAGGAUCGGCUGUCCGCAGGACGCCGUGGUGUGCUUCGUUCACUGGGAAAUGAUAAAGAAUGGCUACCGGUGCAUCGGCUCUGGAGACGAGCCUCGCAGCAGUGAUAAGAAGUCAGAGCUGCUUCCUGCCGACUGGAACAAUGACAAGGAGCUGUACAGCCUGCGCUACAAAGCCAGUGACACAGACACGCAGGUGGUGCUGAAAGCCAUCACUGUGGACUCCACGCUCAUCUUCAACUUGAUGAACUCCAGCACAAAGCAGGUGUCGGACCUGAUGGUGAGCGUCGGCGACCACGUGAACGCCGACCAGCUGCACACAUUCGACAGCGUUUACAAGGAUCCGGACGGCUUGGCCCAGAAGGUGAAGACUCAGCUGCUGCCCGCCCAGACGGAGAGGAAGAACCGCAGAGAGGAAGAGGAGGAGCCGCCCAGGAGAAGAGAAGAAGACAGCGACCCGCUGCGGAUGCCCAGCAGAAACCCGCGGCAGGGAGGACCGCCUCACUGGCCCGACCCGUUGGUUCCUCCGUUCGCAGCCGGAGGAGCAGAUCUGGAUCCGUUUGGAUCUCGCGGUGGCGGCGGGAUGAUCGUCGACCCGUUGAGGUCCGGCUACCCUCGCUCCGGCUUCGACCCGUCUAGUGGCAUACCGGACAUCCUGCCUCCCGGAGCCGUCCCCCCCGGAGCUCGCUUCGACCCGUUUGGACCCGUUGGCCGUCGCCGACCAGGGCCGGAUCCGGACCACAUGCCCCCGCCGGGCUACGACGACAUGUUCAUGUAGCGCUCAGCGGCGUCUCCUGCCGGCACUCACCUCAGAACCGGUCCAGAACAGAACCCCGAGGGUUCUACGACAUUCUGCCGAGGAGGAAGAGGCGGAGGGCUCUUCUUCUCUGAGCUCUUCUCAAAUUAAAAAUGUUUUAAACGCUCUUCCUUUCCCUAAAGAGGUUUGUCUGUGAUUCUGGUGUAAAAAUCCACAGAGCGGCUCAGAAAAGUCUCAGAUUUGUACAUUUCUGACAUUUCUUCACUUAGAAACUCAUCGUGGAGCCGAGUGGAUCAAACUAAGACCGACGGCUCACGUUGAAUUAAAAAUAAACCUUAACCAGUCUGAGUGAAAACAGGCCUUUCAGGUUUGAGUUGUUCUAGUCUUUGGAUUUAAGCUGAAGAAAGUUUUUCGGGAUAUUUCUUGUUUCUUUUGCACAUUUCUGAACGCAGCUCUUUAAAGUGGCUUUUUUUUUUUCUGGGGCUGAUUG